AUGGAGUACCCAGAGCGCCCGUCUCCCUCGCCCCCGCCAUCUCCCAUCCCAGACCGACCAGCGUCGCCCGAGCUCCCGCUCACCAUGAUGGCCUCGGUGGUCCUGGAGGCGCUGCCGCAAGACGCCAGCUCGGCCCUGGCCAGCGCCGGCGAGUUCGACCGCGAGAAGGUCGUCGUGCGCUUCGUCGCCGUCGAGUCGGCGCCCCAGCUCAAGGUGCAGGUGCGCAGGAUCACCGCCACGCAGAAGUUUGAGGCCAUCGUCGCCUACCUGCGCAAGGUGCUGCGCAUCGGCCCGCCGACGGCCUGUUUCUCUACGUCAACAGCGCCUUUGCGCCCGCGCUGA